AUGACCUUAUCUUUUCUUUCUGUUAAUAUUUCAUCUCUUGGAUAUAUGGAUGAUGUGAACUGGAUUGCUAGCUCCAAAAAAGAUCUUGAAUAUAUUUUAGAUAUAGCUGAUUUAAAAUUUGUAUUAUCCUAUAUCCCUAUUAUAUCAGUAUUAGGAUCAGUUCGUUUCCUCAGUGUUUGGAUUAAUAUAUUUAAUUCAUCAUCCUUUGUUAAAAACCAAACCAAAGAUACCAUCUUCUCUUUUAUUACUAUUCUCAAAUCAAAACCACUCACAGAUAAACAACUAAUAUAUAUUUUUAAUACUAUUCUCAUCUCCACUUUGGAGUAUUGUUUACAAACGACACUGCUAUCCUUUAAUGAAUGCAAUACUUUCUCUGCUUCUAUUCGAAGGCUAUUAAAAACUAAUUCAAAAUUUGCCAGCUUAGUUUCAGAUUGUCUCUUUAAAGAAAACAACUUUUAUAAUUUACAUGAUCUAUGGAAUCAGCAGAUGCAAGCAUUUUCAACUGCUUUUUUGUAUCAAUUCAACUUCAAAGCCAUUUAUAAUGAUAUUUCCAGGAUCAGAUUAUUUAGAUUACAAUUAAACAAUGGUCUACACGUUUUACCUUUAAUUAAAUGGAGUUUACCUAUUAACAACAAAUCCUCUCAUAAUCUCAUUGGCAGUUCAAUCUCAUUAGAUUCCAUCUUACCUCAAGCUACUUUGGUUAAACAUUAUACAUCAUCAACAA